AAAAAUUUUCUAUCUCUGCUGCUAGUUGGCCACCAAACGAUUUCAUUUCAUUCUCGAAGGUUUUUCUCGGCGAGCAACAUCGGGUCUUUGUGCUAUUGCGUGUCAUAUUCUCCAGUCAGCAGCCGAGCAGGAGGCCCCCCCUUGUGCGCAUUAGAUCUUGCCAGCAUUGCAAAUGGUGAAAAAAAUUGUGGAUUGUGCAAAUUGUUCCAAACUUUACGAAUGGCAAUGGCAGUGUUUUCAAUCUAGUUUUCAGCCGUGCCAGUGCAGUUCUGUAAAUAUGGAGAUGUGUUUUGUGUAGUAGGUGAAAUAUUGUAACAGAAAAAAAUAUCGAAAAGUUUACGGCAUAAAAGUGUUUCCUGUGCGUGGAAAGCAGUUGCGUAAAGUUUCUUAUUUUUGUGAAGUUCAGUAUUAUUUUCAUCACUAGCUCUGUGACCCAUAGCGAAAACUCAGCUGUAUAGUGAAAUUGGGUGUUUGUAAUUAUUCGGAUGGCCAUUGUUAUGGUUGGAACCGAGUAGGAGAAAAAUUUUCGCAUCAACUAUUGCAGUACAUACACUAAAGUGAGAAUUUUUAUGGUUUUCGGCAAAAAAUGCUAUUGCUAUUGUUUGUAUUGGGAAAAUGAAUAAAAGUUACAAGUUGUGAAAAUAUAAUUAUGUAAUAAGUUUUAAUACUGUGAUAGUGAUUGAUGAAAUAAAACCAUACUAGUCCAAAGUUACAGAAAAAGUUUAGUAGAAGAAAAAUCAUUGUAAGAUUGGUGCCCUUCGAAGUUGCAUUAUGCUCCUAGAUCUAGUUGGCAUUGCAUAAAAAACGAAGAAUUAAUUGGAAGAGGAAGUAUUCAUAGAACGCCGACAUGGGAGCUCUAGAAACCGUAGCAACCGGAAGGAAAACACGGUUGCAAAAAUAGGGCUGUCCAUUAAAGAAUCGUCGCUCCGGUAAUGAUGCAUCACCUGUUCCGGUCGAGCAACGUAACGACUAAAGCCAGAUGGGACUGCUAUCACAGGCACACGUGUGACCGCAUCGCAAACAAACCAACACCGAAAACCUUCAGUGGAAAAGUAUUCCUCUUGCAGUUGUUAGAAUGGCCCGACGCACACGUAUCGUCUUGAUACUAACCCAGUUACUUCUCAUCGUACGUGUAGCGGAUCAGACGAAAUGUGCUCUAACGUCAAGCUUCGGAAGUCUUGGCGGUAGUAGCGACAGCAGCAGCAGUAGUAACAGCGACAAAAACUCUCUGAUUGGUGAUGGAAACAGAAACAAUCUGGAUGACAUACUACGCUCAUCUGACUAUCCAACUCACAGUGACAACAGCGGAGAUGUAAAUGGUCAUCUCAAAGUGCUGAGUUGUUCUGAUACAGGACUUCGUACGGUCAACGAAGAAUACCUUAGACCGGUAAAUUCUUAUAAAGGAGUUCUGUUGGAACGAGUUCCGGUUGAGAAUGCCAACAGUGAUUAUCUGGCGUUUAAAAAUGAAAACUAUCUAGAGAUAGUAAGAUGGAGUGAAAGUAAUGUUACGGAACGACAGCUAGAACUGACGUUUGGACGAGAGGACAAAAAGUACACUAAUUUAAAGAUACUAGACUUAAGCGAGAAUAAUCUUAAAAACCUAAGACGAGAAUAUUUUAGUAAGCUCGUAAGACUAAAACUGUUGAAACUAUCCGAGAAUCAAUUAAUCAAUCUUCCAAGCGAUAUUUUCUAUGACUUAAUAAAUUUAGAAGAGUUGCAGCUACAGGAUAAUAAACUGAACGAGAUAGUACUUGGUUUACUCAAACCCUUGAAUCGAUUGAAAGUUUUGAACUUAUCGAACAACACUAUACAUGAUCUUCCACGGAAUAUCUUCAAUGGGUUAAACAAUCUAACCGAUCUGUACAUGUCCAACAACCGCCUGUACGUGGUUCCAUUUCAAAUCUUCAAGGAGCUACGCGCUUUAGAGGUUCUGGAUGUAUCCAACAAUAUGCUCGUGUCGUUCCUGGAUAACUUCUUUCUAAUCAACAAACAGCUGCGCGUACUAAGACUGAAAAACAAUAUUAUCGAGAAGAUCUCGAAGAGCGCCCUAUAUGGCUUGAAGAAACUCCAAAUGCUGGAUCUUUCAUCGAACAAACUAGUGUUCAUCGAUCGCAAUGCGUUCGAUACACUGGAAAACCUGAAACAACUAUACAUCAACAACAAUCAGAUCUACAUUCUCCCAUCGACGGUUUUCUCGGCGUUGAAAAAUGUGCAAACGAUCAACCUGAGCAACAAUGUGAUGCGUACACUUCCGAACUCGAUUUUCUCUAGCCAGUUCAAAUUGGAACAACUAUUCCUAGAUGCCACAAAUUUGGAAUUCCUAAGCAAUUGGGUGUCCCGUCACAACAAUACCAUCAACAGAGAUAUUCUGCGAAAUCUGAACUACUUGUCAAUCCGCAACAACACUCGUCUGAAGGAGAUUGAGCCUUGCGUUUUCCGCAAUGUUCCAAAUCUUGAGACUUUGCUGCUAUCAAAUAAUAGACUGACAAGCCUACCGAAAGAAAUCGGUGAGCUAACGAAACUGCGCUACCUGGACGUCGGUAACAACGACAUCAUGUAUAUCCCGGAACAAAUCCGAAAUCUGCACCAACUGGAACAAGCCAACUUUCUAAAUAAUGACUACGGUUGCGAUUGUCACAUGUACUGGAUUCUAAGCUGGAUCGAUGAGCUGCAAGCAGCGAACAACUCUCAGAAGGUCUACGAUUUGCUGCAACUAUCCGAGCUGAAAUGUCGCAACGGGUAUCCAGGGGACAUUGUACGUGUGUUGCAGCACAUCAAUUGCUUCAAACCGGAGCUGCUGCAAUCCUCGGACAGCAAGAUGCACUUGCUCAAGUCGGAUGCCGUGCUGGAGUGUGUAUUUACCGGCAAUCCACCGCCCGAUAUCAUCUGGAUAACCCCGAAGAACGAAAUUCUGCGCCACAGUCAUGAGCAGGACCACAAAUCUCUGCUGUUCGAAUCGACGAGCGAAAGUACCCCGAACAAGUACCAGCAGUCGGUCGAGUUCCAGAUGCUCACGGCUGAUAACGUAAGCGGAGACGGUAUUCUGCAGCAGAAGUUAGGCAUGGGAAUAACGCUGUUGGAAAAUGGCUUCCUUAGAAUUCAUAACAUCUCGCGUCGAGACAGUGGACUGUACACUUGCUAUGCAUUCAACAUUAUGGGGAACGCUACUGCUGGCAUCAGAUUAUACAUCGAUCCAAUCGUGUUCUAUCGAGUGAAAAUCGGCAGCAUCAUAACCGGAGCCAUCUCGGCGGCCACCUUCCUCGCUCUGACACUGAUCUUCCAGGGGAUCCGACGGGUGUUCAUCCGAUUCCGCAUUAUCGACCUGAUCUGCCAGAAUUGCUGUAGUUACUGCUACCGGAAUGACAAGUCUUCGUCCAAAACGCGCCAAAUCUACGCCAUGUUGGACAACAUCGAACACUACAAGAGCCAACAGUUGGAGCGCCUGAGAGAAAAUUACACCCAGCAGGUGCAUCGAAUCAAGGAGAACUGCGCCCAACAGGUAGAAUGGAUUCAAGGCAGUUAUUCAACGCAAUCCAAACAUUUACGGGAGAUUCGUGAUAUCGGUACCCAUCACCUAACCACCCUAAGAGAUCAGUAUUAUGACCAGCAAGCAUCCGACAGAAGGGAAAAUUUAUAUCAUUCAGUCUUUCUCAACAGCAGGAAACAUAUGGUGCGCCGUGUUCGUGAUUAUUCCACCGGUCAGCUAAACUGGGUUCGUGAGAAUUACGUUUUUCAGCGGAACAAGAUUCGCAAAUUUAGCGCACACCAGGCGCUGCGACUUCGCGAAGGUUACAAGUAUCAGCAGCAGACGUUGAACAAAGUGCUGGAGAAUCUACCCAGUUUCUACUUCGAAAAUUGUCGCGGUCGGAACGAGGACGAUGAAGAGUUUGACGGUUUCGAAGUCUACCUGAAAGCCAAAAUAGAGAAACUAUCGCAGCUGGAUGCGGCCGCCGCUGCAGCCGCCAUCGCCAAUGCAUCUCUCGCAUCGAAACAUGGUCUGCCGCUUGGACCGGGUAAUCUCAAGUAUUUGGAAAAUCUUUCCUCGAAGAGUGUGGACGAGAGCAAAGCUUCGGUAUACUUCACUCCGAAUGACGGUCACCUGAGCCCGGAACCGUCGUUGCAGCUGCAACUGUCUCCGAUUCAUAUCAACUAUAUCAACGACGGAACAAUGGAUGACGGGAAUGGUUUCGGACCAGCCGUCAUCGGUGAUACUCCGCGAUCAUUCAAAUCGGUCGUUGGUGGGUCAGCGCUCGGCGAAGGCAGUGGGAUGGCUGUGCGGUCGAUUUUAAAACCAGCGACUAAAUUUGUCUACGAUAAAAAUGUUCAGAAAUAUCGAAAAUGUUAUCAACCGAACCGGUUGAAUGGGGGUUACAAUGGAGGUGAGAUGAUUGAGACUGUAAAAUAUGAUUGUUACAAUGAUGGCUUAGCAGGGUGCGGUGUGGAUUCGUGUGAGGAUGAGGGUAACUUUAGUAUGAGACAGAACAGAAACCACAAGCGGAAAAGAAAAGUAAAAAGAGCUGCAACGGGCGGAAAGCAGCUUUGUGAGUACGAAACGCUGUUGAUGAAAAAUCUUUCCGCUGAUCCAAAGGAAGGUCAUUACAAGAUCAUACAUGUGAACAAGCUGGGCGGUGGUGGUGUAGGAGGAGUUUGUGGAUUGGGAAGUGGAUGGAUGGCAGGACGAGCAGCAACAAGAAGAAAACCACAGAUGAACAAUGAUUAUUGUUAUUCGUUGGAGGACAUGAUUCAGGACAGUAAUGAAAAGAUUCGCAAGUUGAUAUACGAUUCUAAAAUAGACAUUAUGAAUGAGAUGAUAACAGGAAAUAGUAGUAGAGAUAAGGUUAGUAGUAAUAGUACGAGCUACAAGAGUAACUUGAAUUAUGAGGGUAGCGAAAGAGAACGAUGUGUGAAUGUGAUAGUACAGAAUGCCACCUCGAGGGCGUUGAUGGCGGCGACUCCCAGCAGUAGUAACAAUAGUAGCAACAGUAGUAAUAAUAACAGCCAGGGAAACAGUGGCCGGGGCAGUCGAGAUUUAACUUCUACGACGCAAAACCUUAACUACCACCAGCCUUUGAAAAAAAUUCACAAGCUACACUUUGAUUCCAGUACAAACCGUAUCCAACAGAGCACCAGUCUACCGGAGAUCUACUACGGAUGCUCUUCCUCUAGUUCCAGCUCCACGCUGAUACAUAACUCAACCUGUAAUCCACACACAAUGGCCUCGAACAAAUCGUCCAAUCAGUCGAUUGUUCAUCAGCAUACAAACUCUGGCGCACCGUCGACAGCCUUUAACGAGGCCAAACAUCCCCCGCCACAGCCGCAGUCGCUGCCCAGCAGUUCCUACCCUCAGCCAAAAGUGCAUGGUAAACAUGUGAUCCUGGCAGUGGAAAACGGUCGCGAAAAAGAAGACAAAGAUCCUUCCAUACCAGAAUCCUGAAUACCGGAAUAUUUCGUAACCACCAAUGCCGCCAAGUAAUUCGUUUCCGCGUUAUAUACGAACGUAGAAACCGUGGGUAUUGUUAGAGAAAAAGAGAGUUUCUAGCUCACGAUUUUAUCGUACCUACUCUUAUGGUAUUCAGUAUCAAGUAAACAUUAAUCGAUUUCACAAUUUACGAUUCAAUUGAGUACUAUGUAAAUAUAAUUAUAUUUGCCGAAAUUUAGUUUCUUUGAAUGAAUAAUAUUUCCUACUUGUGUAAAUGGGGUUUUGUAGAUCACAACAUGGUUUUGAUAAAGUGUAAACGUUGGUAUGUAAUGCACAGUGACGUAGAAUCUUUCAUUUGGUCGAACGUUUCGUUAGGCUAAUUUUCACUAAUUUAAACAAAUUAUGCGAAUUUCCGAUAGAGGAAGGAAAGACAUUUUAAUAUAUUACUACACGAAGUAAAUGGAGUUCUUAACUAGAUGCUAGAUUUAUAUACUAAAUCAUACCAACCAAUCAACUAAUAAAAAAAAUCAGAUGACGCGAAAUAUUGCUGCAAGGUAGUAGAACUAAAAAGAUGUUACACUUAUCAAAAGGAUUAAUGAAACUCAAAUAAAAAAAGUUGUGCAGAUGGACAGAUAAAGAGAAGGUAUUCAAAAAAUCUUUGAAAAUAACCAAUGAAAGAAUCUGUUUAUUGGUUAAUGUUGAGGAUAAAAAAAUCACAAUCCAGAGAAGUCAUCUGAUUAUUAGGAAAGGAGAAUUCUUAUACAACAAACACUACACAAAGAGCGAAAUGAGCAAAAAAUACAAUAAAAAUAAAAUAAAUUUAAUUGGAUAUGAGAGUAGAAGACAGAGAAAAUAUAUCAAAUUUAACUAUCUAAAUAAUAAUAUAA